GAGACCAUGGCCAAAGGCGGGAAAAGCCCCAAGGGCAAAAAGAUCACCCUUAAUGUGGCAAAGAAUUGUAUCAAAAUCACAUUCGAUGGGAGAAAGCGUCUUGAUCUGAGCAAGAUGGGAAUCACCACCUUCCCCAAGUGUAUCUUACGGCUCAAUGAGAUAGAUGAGCUCGAUCUUAGCCGGAAUAUGAUCAGAAAAAUUCCCGACUCCAUCUCCAAGUUCCAGAAUCUGCGAUGGCUCGACCUGCACAGUAACUAUAUUGACAAACUCCCUGAGUCCAUUGGCCAGAUGACCACCCUGCUCUUCCUCAAUGUCAGUAACAACAGGCUGACCACCAACGGGCUACCUGUGGAGCUGAACCAGCUCAAGAACAUCCGCACCGUGAAUCUGGGCCUUAACCACCUGGACAGCGUGCCCACCACACUGGGGGCACUGAAGGAGCUCCAUGAGGUGGGGCUACACGACAAUCUGCUGACCUCUAUCCCUGCCGGCGUCGCCAAGCUUCCCAAACUGAAGAAGCUCAACGUAAAGAGGAACCCCUUCCCAAAACCAGAUGAGUCAGACGUGUUCGUAGACUCCAUCAAAAGGCUAGAAAACCUCUAUCUGGUGGAAGAGAAGGAUCUGUGUUCCUCUUGCCUGCAAAAAUGCCAACUGGCCAGGGACAAGUUGAACAAAAUCAGGAGCAUGGCCCCCUCUGCACCGAGAAAGGCCAUCUUUUCCAAUUUGGUUUCACCCAACUCAACAGCCAAGGAAUCCCAGGAAGAAUGGAGGUUACGCUCACCAUCCACCUCCUAGAGUAGCUUAUGGCAAAAAACACGAAGACCAAUCAGCUAACAGAAAUAAACGACUCUGAAGAGGAAAAGUCCCAAAUUAGAAGACAGAGUGGCACAGAGAAUAUUCUGGAAGACAGGCUCUCCGGUGCUGCCCAAGUCACUGAAUCACUUUAUGAUUUUUUACUUUAUUUAUCUUGUUUCUAUGUUGCCUGUUUGUGGAAACGUCUUUGAAAGAUAUUUCAUGUGGUUUUCUAGAUGUAUAUAAAGAGAGCAUUUAAGAAGAUUGUAGAUAUACGUUGAUAAGACAAUUAAAGACUUAAAAGUCUACAGUAAGACUGAAAAGUCUUUCGUUCUGUACAAGAUGGUACAAUCUCACCACCAGCAACUUGUGAAAAUUACACGUAUAUAAUUACAGACAUCAAGGAGCGAAGACAUACAUAAAACAUACACCUAGAGAAAUACAUGCACACUGCGGACAAAUCAAAGUAGAAUUUCAACUCUUUUUCUUAGUUGCACACAAAAAGGUAGCAAAAGGAAAACAAAGCAAACACAGACAAAAAUUAGAAUGGCCUUGUGUCCUAACAUUUUAAUAAUUACACUAAAUGUAAAUGGUCAAUUUUAUUUGUAGUGGCUCUAGAAACAACCAAAUGGCUUUUAAUCCACAAGUGGAUGGUAUCUUACAUAGAGAGUGCUAGUCAGCAAUAAAAGAAAACAAAUUACUUGAAAUUGCAACGACUUGGACAGAG